AUGCUAGCUGACCGCUCACUCUUCCACGUCAGGUUACUCAAUAAAUUCCCCUACGGUGAGUUCAGCACCGAAGUUGCACCUCGUAGUACUGCCGAACGAUUGGCCAAUAUUUUUACACGUACUAGAUUGCGGCAAGCAAAACUACCACCGUUAGGGCAAAAGCCCAAGGAUUCCUGCAAUAAGUGUGCAAAGCGAGUGACGCUGCCAAAAAUUAGUGCUGUAAGUAAAGUAGCACAACAACCGCGGAAAAAAACACCUGCUCGCACGCCGACGGCGGUGAGUGUUCAAUACGUGAGUUUCGGUCCAGAGGUCCAAGGCGAGGUGAACGGCGUCGCAUGA